ACCAAAACCUGAAAACCCUCGCCGCUUCUCCCCGUCCUUCCUUUCCGAGCUGCCCCGCGCCGUCGUUACUUCCCCCCCCCCCCCCCCCCCCCCAACCAGCCAUGGCGGGCGACAAGACGGCGGCGCCCCCUCCGCCAGACGCGGCCGCCUUCUCCCCCGACGGCGAGCUCUUCGCUGCCGUCUCCGAUCGGCGAGUCCAGGUAUGGCGUACAGGAGGAGGAGAAAUAAUAGAAGGAUGGACUGAUCCAAUUUCAGCCCCAGAUGAUUCAUACAGUUGUAUUGCAUGUUGCUCUGUUCAGAAAAAGCAUAAAAAGGAUGGAAACCUUAUUCUUGUUGCUGUUGGUACUACAAAUGGUCAAGUUUUAGUUCUCGAUUCUACUGGUGUCAUAUGGAAGAAUGCUCCUCAUACUUGCAAGGUUGUUUCUCUUCAUUUUGCAAGACAUGGGCGUGUUCUUUAUACUGCUGGCAUGGAUGGAAUUAUAUGUGAAUUGAAUUCUCGCACCGGGGAAUCCAAAGACACUAUUAAAGCUACGAAGAAACCAAUUAAUUCUUUUACACUUUCUCAUGAUGAGAAGUUUAUGGGUGUAUCAAGUAAGAUAACAAGAUUAUUUAGUGUGAGUGAGAAAAAAGAGAUCUUGAGGAUUCCUUCUGAUGUUGGUCCUGUCCAGCUGAUGUCUGUAUCAGAUGAUGGACGUUUUUUGGUUUCUCAUGUUGACAAUAAUAAGGAAGUGCAAGUGUGGUCUUGCGAUCAGAAUAGUUGUACCAUCGUUUCUACAGCCUCCCUUACAAUGCAAAAUCAGCCAAAGAUAGUAGAGUGUACAAGGAGCACAUCAUAUGGAGAUGGGGGCAUUGUUCUCGCAGUAUCGAAGAAAGGUGUUGCUCAUGUCUGGCAUUUACAGACCCUCUCCCAAAAUGAAGUACUGCCCACAAAAAUCUCAGUCAAAAAUUCACUCGAUAAAAAAGGCCGUAUCCCAAUAAUUUCAGCUAAAUUAUGUGACACCAAUGAAGACAAUACUGUUAAGGUUCAUGUUGUAUUUGGAUCACCAAACUUUUUACAGUUCAAGGUUGUAGAAUUGGAUGAUACUUGCAAGGACAUCAACUUGGUUGCAGAGUAUGAUGAACUAGCUAAACAAGAUAUGGUGUCUCCGCAGGAAAGGAAUUUGGAGCAAGAAGCUAAAGCAAAUAGCAAGGAUGCAGAACCUGUUCAAGGAAAAGCAAAGAAAAGGACAUCAUCCGUUUUGGAUUCCACUAAUGACACAACCAAGGAAGUGAAUCCAGAGUACAAUCUUGAUGAACCGACCAUGGAGGAAAAACUUGCAAGUCUGAAUUUGCUAAACAAGUCUGAAAUUACUGAAGAGCAACCACCCUCUUUAGCGCCACCAAGUGCAGAUUCAGUCCAUGUUUUGCUGAAGCAAGCUUUGCGUGCUGAUGAUCACACUGAAUUGCUAAAAUGCUUGUACAAUAGAGAUGAAAAGGUCAUUGUAAAGUCAGUAUCACUCCUAACACCGGCAGACGUCGUUAAGCUUCUCAAGUUCUUUGUAUUGCUAAUACAAUCCAGGGGUGCAAAACUGGUUUGUAUGCUCCCAUGGCUUCAGGCUUUACUUUGUCGGCACAUGAGCAGCAUAGUGUCUCAGGAAUCUUCUCUACUGUUGCUAAACUCACUCUAUCAGCUUAUUGAUGCAAGAACAUCAACCUUCAAGUCAGCACUUCAACUUUCAACUACCCUAGACUAUCUUUUCAGCGGGGUUUCUGACGGUGAAACUGAUGAGGAGGACGCUGUUCCACCGAUAAUAUACGAGGACAAGGACACAGACGAUGAAGAAUCUGAAGUUGAUGCUAUGGAAACUGACGAGGAGAGCCAAGAGCUGGGAGACGUUACUGAUGCCUCUGAGCAUUCAGAUGGGAGUGAUAUCAUGACCGACUGAUUUACUUGCGCUCUUCUUUAAUUUAGUUCAUGAUCAGCCUGACAAGGUAGGAGCUCGCGAAGUUGGACAAAUCAUGGUUGCUCCUGUUGUAGUGCUGUGCCUGGAAUUAGUUGUUGCUCUUCACUUGGUAGAAGCUCCGAUUCGCUCCCAAUAUGAUUGCCUUAGUGUUAGGAUCAGAUCUUGAUGUAAGUCAAGCCAGCUUGUAUCAAUAGCAUAACAUAUAACUUUAACCUCCUCGUCAAAUUUUGUAUCUGGCGAGUGCAUAACUGCAUAUUACUGCAAGCUGUUUCAGCUUUGUUUUUCUAUGAGGAGUUAACGUCUCAGUUGAGAAAAAUGGCGAGUGCAGUUUAUGGAAGAAAUGAUAGGCUUGUCUAAUAA